CUGUCGAUAGCGAAUUUGCUCGGCGACAGCAAUGGAAAUGUCGACGAGACAAUUACUCCUCCCACAACUAGAAAGGAUGCACAUCAACUGGGUCAGGUAUGUCUCGUGGAAGCACUCCAUUGGGCUCAACAGGCAUUCAAAACUAUUGAACAGGCACCCGAUCUCAAUCAAGAGUUGGACAUCAAGAACUUUAUCGGCAAGGAUAUCACAAAGUAA